AUGACUAGCAGCAAUGAUCUAAGUAAUACAGAGCUGCUCUCUAAAUUAGUGGAAUUAAUAAAAAAAGAGAGCAACAGUGUUAAAAGUGAAAUCAAGCAAGAGAUCCAAGAAAUAAAACUAGAGAACGCGAAAAUUUUGAAUCUUGUAAAACAGCAAGACGAAAAGCUCGAAUUACUGGAAAAAUCAUACAAAAAACUGGAGCAACAGAAUUUACAAUUGGAAAGAGCCAUCCGGAAAAAUAAUAUACUUGUAUUUGGACUGGAAGUUGAUAGCAAAACUGCUAAUCUAGCAGAUAUAGCAACAGGGAAAUUAAACGACCUUUUAGGAAUAAACAUAUCUAACAACGAUUUACAAAAUAUAUACGGAAUUGCCAAAACAAAAGCGGAGAAAGCCAAAAGUACUAGAUAUUUAAUCUGA